AUGGGGAAGAAGCCGUGCAGUGCUGGCCCUUCCUCGGCAUCCAGGCCCAUGAACCAGGCCAUGUCGCUCCGCGAGGAGACCUCCGGGAAGACACAAGCCAACACGCCCUCCCUGCUGAGGGUCCAGCACCUGCAGCGGCUGGGGGCGUGGGCGAGCGGUGAGGCGGGAGUUGGCUCGAUCGGAGCACUGCUGGGCCGCCGCUUCGCCAUGGACGUCGAGGCGGCCGGGAUCCUCAUAGCUUCCACCUUCCUUUGCCAGAGAUGUGAAUCAAUCUUACAUCCAGGCUUCAACUGCACAAUCCGCAUAAAGAACAACAAAAAGAAAGCAAAGCGGCGCAAGAAGUCAAAUCCUGGCCAAAACAGUGUUGUCUAUGCAUGCCAUUUCUGUGGAGACCAAAACCUGAUACGGGGUAGUGGAAAGGGUAUCGUGAAGGGACUGGAAAGAAGCAGCACGAGGCCAGCAUGCCCGCUGGGGUUCGUGGCCGUCUGCGCCGUCGAGCACCUCCUCCGUGGAUGCGGCGGCUGCGCCGCAAUGCACAAGCAACCUGCCAACGGACGCAAGUUCUGGCCUUGCCGACCGCCGUCCGUGACCAGUACGCCUGCGGCUUCUAAAAAUUCUACUACAUGUGAACAUGAUGUCACUUCUCAAGCAGAAUUUCUAGCUGGGUCAAACUUUGCUACUCCUCAGAAGAACAAACUGGCGGAAGUAGCUUCAGCAGAAGCAUUGAAGACUAGAAGUAGACUGAACAGCAAAGCGCAGAAUUGUGCUUCAGUUGCUGGCAAGGGCCCUGGAAAUUGUAGCAAGUCAGCUUCGAAUACCAGAUCUGCACGAGGUGAUUCUACUCAGCCAGCUGGCAGUUCAAGGAAGCGGGCAAGAAAAGGGUGGACUACGCUGAAGCAGAUUGCCGAGAAGGACGAGCUUGAGAGAAAAGAGAAGAUGGAUAACUUUGUAAUCCCGUUCUUCAUGCAGUAGAAUAUCUUUUACAGUUGGCUCCUGUUGUAAACGUUGGGCUGGAAGAACAGUUAGAGUUUUUGGUGAUACUUUUUAGUUAUGUACUUUUGCACCAAUCAUGUUGUGGAAAUAUAAAGUUGCGAAGGAGUUCAAAGUUAAACCGAAGGCAGAUACGCUAGCAGUCAAGGGAAUGAAAGUUAAGGCUUGAAUAUUCA